UACAUGUAUUUUCUCAGCUUAUCGUUUCCACAUUCACACGUUCAGUCACUCGUCAAAGGUGCCGUUAUUCAGACAUUGCCAGACAUCUCUUCAUAAGAAGUGUAGGUACUUAUUUCAAGACUGCCAUACAAUCAUUUUGGCUAAGUGCUACGAGCUUUGCAGUUCAACAUCACCUGAGUGUGUGUUGCAUUCAUUAAAGCAGGGGAAGCACAGAAUGGGUUUUGAAGGAAUAUGCAUGGUGGUGGUAUUAUGUCUAAACAUGUCAGCUGUGCAGUGUGGAGGGGAUGUGCUGUACUCCACCACUAGUGUCUGUGGUCUUAAAGGAGCAUCAGUGGUCCUGCCCUGCGCAUAUCACUAUUCCUGGAUUGGUCACUAUUGGAGAGGAGAGUGGUAUGAAGAGAGGAGUAGGAGAGUCAGAGGACACAACCCUCCUAAUUAUGACUGCAGUCUGAAAAUCGACAAACUUACAGACGAUCACUCUGGUGUUUAUCAGUUUCGGUUUUACACAACACUACACCGGAGCUGGAUAACAAGCAAACCUGGGAUUACAGUGACUGUUACUGAUUUGAAAGUAAAGGAAGUUGAUGCAGGGGAUGAGAAUCAAGCUAAAGUGACCUGCAGCACCUCCUGCAGUUUGCACUCUGAACUUCAGUAUGUCUGGUACAAGACUGGACAGACUCUACAAGACAGAACCACAGCCUCCAUACUAGUCUAUGAAGUGGCCAGUUACUCCUGUGCAGUGAGCGGUCAUGAAGCUCUACGCUCCCCUGCAAAUUGUGUUCCAGAUAAACAGUGCUGGGGUGUGACCUACUCCUAUGAGAAUAGCUGUGUAUUAUUGGGCUCAGCGGUAGACAUUCCCUGCACUUACUUACAUCCAAAAGAUGACCGCAUCAACAACACAUUUUGGUUUAAUAAACAAAAAUCUAACAAUCACCCAGAAGAUCUCAAUUUGGCUGAUGAGUACAAAAAUCAUGUGGAAAAUCUUGGAAACAACAAGAGCAGUUGCACUCUGAGACUGAAAGACAUCAGAGUCAGUCACUCUGGAGAAUAUGCCUUCAGGUUUACAACCACGGAAGGAGAAAGUUACUCUGGAUUACCUGGAGUCAACAUCUCUGUAACAGCUCUGCAGGUGUUGACCCCUCCUGAAGCUGUGACAGAGGGCGAGAGAGUGACCCUCACCUGUGAUACCACCUGUGCUCUGAGUAAAGACCUCACCUUUAUCUGGUACAAGAAUGGACAGCCUGUGACCUAUAAACACACAACCAGAGACAACAAGCUGCAUCUAAACCCAGUCAGCAGUGAGGAUGCAGGCAGUUACUCCUGUGCUGUAAAAGGACAUGAGAGUCUCUCCUCAAAUGAUGUCUCACUUAACGUGAGAUACAGGCCAACACAUGUCUCAGUUUCCAUCAGUCCCUCUGAUGGAAUAAAGGAGGGGACUUCAGUGACUCUGACCUGCAGCAGUGAUGCCAACCCACCAGUGCACACCUACACCUGGUACAUGAAGAGUGGAGCUGAAUCUCUUGUUAGGGGCACAGGGGAGAGCAUCAGCUUCAAUGUGACCUCUGAUACCAGUGGACUUUACUACUGUGAGGCACAGAAUGAACUUGGCUCUCAGAACUCUACUGGAGUUGAUGUUCCUUCUAAAGAGGUAGCUGCCAUGAUCCUGACAGCUACAAUCACCACAUUAAUCAUUCUCGCUGUCCUGCUGAUGCUUGGAAUUCUGCGCUUGAGCAGCAAGAAGAAAGCUAAAAUGACUGCAGAUACAAGGACCACAAAUGCAAACACACAGAGUGACGCUGGUCUUGUGUACAGCACCGUCACAGUAAGAGCCACGACCUCUGACCCCACACAGAGAGUGACCACACAUGAUCAAGACGACGUUCAGUAUGCCAACGUUCAGAUCAAUCCCUCCAAAAGACAGGAAGUGCCUCUGUACUCCACUGUCCAGAUGCCUCAAUCCUCUGCACAGGAUGUUGCCAACGCUUCAGUCCAGUUCCACAGAAGGAGUGCUGCCACCAGAGCUGAGGAUGACAGUGUGACCUACAGUACAGUCCACAAACAAUGACAGGCCUGGAAACAGCUGACCAGAAAGACCCUCAGGCCAUCUCAGUUCAUACAAAAAAUAUUGUUCUGGUUUACUCUUGGUGUUAAACUAUUUGGAACCACUUUCUGUAUGUAGCG